GGCGCGGGUGCCGGACCCGGAAGUUCCGGGUCGAGUACCUGGUGCCAACUCAGGUGCCUGCGCGUCCUAUCGGGUGCGCUCGGAAACUGCAGCCAUGGCGGCGUCUGGCCCAGUGCUGUGCCUCUUCGAUGUGGAUGGGACCCUGACGUCCCCGCGGCAGAAAAUUACCAAAGAAAUGGAUGACUUUCUACAGAAAUUGAGGCAGAAGAUCAAAAUUGGAGUGGUAGGCGGGUCAGACUUUGAAAAAGUGCAGGAGCAACUGGGAAAUGAUGUGGUUGAAAGAUAUGAUUAUGUGUUUCCAGAAAAUGGCUUGGUAGCGUACAAAGAUGGGAAACUAUUAUGUAAACAGAAUAUUCAAGGUCACCUGGGUGAGGCUCUGAUCCAAGACUUGAUCAACUACUGUCUGAGCUACAUUGCAAAAAUUAAACUUCCCAAGAAAAGGGGUACUUUCAUUGAAUUCCGAAACGGGAUGUUGAAUGUGUCCCCUAUUGGAAGAAGCUGCAGCCAAGAAGAACGCAUUGAAUUCUACGAACUGGAUAAAAAAGAAAAUAUAAGACAAAACUUCGUAGCAGAUCUGCAGAAGGAGUUUGCAGGCCGAGGCCUCACGUUUUCCAUAGGAGGCCAGAUCAGCUUUGACGUCUUUCCUGAUGGGUGGGACAAAAGGUAUUGCCUGAGACACGUGGAAAACGACGGUUAUAAAACCAUUUAUUUCUUUGGAGACAAAACCAUGCCAGGCGGCAAUGACCACGAGAUCUUCACAGACCCGAGAACCGUGGGCUACACUGUGACAGCGCCCGAGGACACACGCAGGAUCUGUGAAGAGCUCUUCUCAUAACGAGGGUGGGCAGGGGGUCCCUGGGCCAAAGCCAUGGCCCCUCCUCACAUACACCCACUCCCAGGCCAGCUGUCUGCACUGUCCAGCUGUGCACGGUGCAGACACCACCACACUGGGCAGCAGGAUCAGCCUCCACCCCCAGCAGGUCAUGCUCUUGCAGUGCCAGAAGGAUCCAGGGAGGGGAUGAGACUCCAAGAAAAGAUUCCAUCCCCAGCCUCAGACCUACCUCGCAUUGGCACGUUUUCACCCUAACAUGGGGCUCUGGAAACUCAUUCCAGGAUUCAGAAAGAACAAAUGUGCCUAGGCUCGCCCUCUUCACGGGUCUCAAAUACAACUGCUGUUAGUGUUUGGACCCUGGCGUAGCCACCAGAAAGGGCGACAGCCUCUGCAUGACCCUGGAACACAGCUGGGCUCACCUCCCUCCUGAAGCCCCUCCCAGGUUGAGCCCCGGGGGUGCUGGGAUGCUCAGUUUUCCAGCCUGCUCCCUGUUUGUGAGCCGCAGAUCUCUCGGUGGCCUGCCAGACAGAUUGCUGGCCCGGUACCCAGUGACCCAUGGCGUCUGCACUGGGCAGGCAGCGCUCAGGCGGCCUGUGUCCACUCUGAACAGCCUAGCUGCUCUCGGGAGGACAGACCCUGCUAAGACUGGCGCAGCCCUUCCCCUGCACCAGGGCAGCUCCCAGGAUGUCAUCAGACUUCCCCAAGAGGACCCUCCUGAUGGGACCUGGUCCCUCAGAAGUCCACAUAGAACCGGAGCUGAGCCCCAUGGAGUCUGCUCCUACCCACCCUUCCCGGUGGACUGCGGGAGCUCCACGCCCCCAGCCCCCAGAGCACUCUGAGAACGGGUUCCUGUGCCACUUUCCAGCAUCUGGCCAUCUCCACCCCACCCCAGGGCUGACCACCUGGCCAGCAGCAGCGACAGGCCUGCCCUUUGUCCCACACAGGCAGGUUCUGAGCAGCUCUCGGGACCAGCAAUCUUGUCACCUGCCCUUGUUGAAUUUUGAAAUUGUACUGUAACGACCUUUCAAAACAAA